AUGGCGGCAAGCGCGAGGGCGCAGAAGCCCGUCGGCUCAGCGCCAUGGAUUGCAGCAGAGAAGGAAAACAUGGCCGAGCUAGUGGAGCAAGAAAUGGAAGAAGUGGAAUACCCUGUCCGACACGAAAUGGACUGGUUAAAUGAACAUAUGACCGAGAUCUUCUCCAAGGGCCAGGCGAACUUCGCGGACGUGUUUAAGACGCCCGGAAAGAUGAGAGGUAAGACACCUCGAACCGCUCGGAAGCGCAUGCCCGAAGAAUCUCGAGUGCCCUUGAGCGAAAUCUUCUCAUCCGCCCAGAAACAAUUGGAAAACCAAGCAAGCCCGAGUCCAUUCAUUCACCGUGUUGUUUCCAAGCCCGCUCCCGUGGCGGCAUCGCCUAUGCCCCGCACCAAGAUCGUGACGGAGCAAGCUUCGCAACCCGAAUACCCCGAUCUUACCCAAAAUCUGAACUCCUUCCCCACAUACAACACUGACUCGGGCUAUCAUGGCAUGCCCGAUGAUGAUGAAAUGGUACUGCCUGGCGUGCAACAAGAAUCACAGGCUUCUACUCAGCCUUCUACCCAACCCUUCGAACAGGACGAGCCCAUGAAUCUAGAUACUCAAGAGGUCGACAUUUCGGCCGGUCAACAAACGAAUGAAGAAUCCUUCCAUUCUGCGCGGGAAGAUAUCCGCUCCCGCGGAGAGACCGUCGAGCCGAACAAGGACCCAACCCCAACCCAGGAAAGAACAGCGCGUCCGGCCGUAUCUGUUCCCAAAGAAUCUGAGACUGAAAUCAUGUCGACUCCGACUAAGAAAACACAAUCGAAGCCAGAUGUCAAAAUCUCGGAAAAGCAACAAAACGAGGGACCUGAACCAAAGGAGAGUGAUCCGGCAGUCUCAAACCCUGAGCCAUCCCCAGAAAUGGCUGCAGUGGCCCCAGUAUCCCCGCCAGCUCCGCCUAUCGAGACGCAAGAGCCUCAUCCACAGGGCGAGGAUAUGGAAGAUGCUACCGAAGAUGCCACGAAAGACGACACAGUUCUCGACAAUCUUGAUGAUAUCGGCUCUCCUUCGGAUGGUUCUACUCCAGAGCGACCAUUCGCUCGGAAAAGCAGCCUGAGCUUUGCCACCCUCCCUGCGCGGGAACCUUUGAAGACUCGAACAAGCCAUAUUGACCUGGCGAAAAUGAGUACUGCCGGGCGUCCCAGUUAUUUUGGCAGGCAGACUGGCGGCCAUAGGAUUCCACAAGCUGCAGAGGAUAAUGCUGGUUCCAGGGCGUUGGAAAUUGACAAUGAGAAAGAACCAAGUGAAGAAGCGGAUCCUGAUCAGGCUACCAGGAUGCACAGCAAAAAGUCUACCCAGUCCUUGCAUGAUAGAAUCAGCAUGCUAGGCAAACUCCAGCCAUCCCGACCCAGAAAGUCAAUCCCAUCCGCUUCUGGGCUGCCAGGUGGUCAGGUUCCCUACCCAGAUCUUCCAGCUUCCAAGGCUGAACCAAAGUCUGAAGCUUCGAACGAAAGGGCACAUGAGGCUCCAGCUCCAGAGCCUAUGUCAGUGGACGAUGACUGGAUCAAGCCUCUGAGCUCUCCUCAAAAACCUGAGCUUUCCAAGAGCAAAACCACAGAUGUAAUGGAGAAGCUUGCUGAAUUCGAAAAGGCGCGAGCAGUCAAUAAGAAAGAUGCAUUGCAAACAGAGCCUGAACGUCCCAAAUCAUCUACCUCAAUGUUCUCUUCGCCCCGACCGCACAGUCACCAACAAAGCGCUUCUUUCUCUAAUAUACCCGUUGAUGCGUCUACUACUCCCACGGGUUCGCCAAGACGAUUUGACGGUCAUAUCAGUGCUUCGAAGCUGAAACUGCACUCUAUUAUGAAAUCUGCCAAAGGCUUAUUCUCAAGCACUGGCAAUACACCACGGAUGGAACCUUCAUCGCCUGAGCAAGCGCGCAUUCAGCCAAGUGCCGACAUAUUCACUAAAAAUACCAAACAUCUAUCACAACCAGUCCCUAUCACCAGUCCUCAGCGUCCAGAAGGCCGCCGCACACGAAGCUCGACCGAGAAAGAAGAGAAACGGCGCCAGCACGAACGGGAAGAGCAGGAACGUGAGGAACAAGAAGAAGAAGUGCGAGUUGAGAGAGCUCGGGAACAAGAAAAGCAAAGAGCGCUUCAGCUCAAAGCUGCUCAGGGCAAUUCCUCGGUCGAGCCAGAAGAGAGGGCGGGCUCAGCGGUGCACAAGACCUCCCUGUCACAGCGCCAACAUUCGCGCGAACCUGAAUCAGCUCAGGAGUCUAGCUCGAGAUUUGCCAUCCCUCAACCGAAGCAAAAUGACCGUCGUCCUCUCAAACCCACUCGCGAGCCCAUGAAACGCCCAACGCCGCAACCCAUGUCAAUUCGUGUUGGCAGCACCAUGUCUCGUCAACAAAUCCCUGUCCCAUCGUCUUCGAGUGGUCAGGAGUCGAGUGUGUCCGCAGCCGCCUCUGCGCCUGCGUCGAAACCAACCCUGAAAAAGAAGGGUAGCAAUACAUCCUUACAUACAUCAUCUUCUGCAAGCAGCUUUAAGAGCUCUGUUUCCAGUCUAACCCAAGCCCAGCGCAAGGCUCAGGUCGCCAGCGACCGCAAGAAGGAGCAAGAACGCGAAGCACGCCGGAAGGAAGAACAAAAGCGUGAGCUAGAGCGCAAACGUGCUGCCCAGCAGCAGCAACAGGAAGAGGCCCGUCGGCAGGAGAUGAGGAGUCGUGCCGAAGCUGAACGGGAGCGCCAGACUGAAAGAGAGCGUCAGGCCGAACGGGAGCGCCGCGAACGGUCGGCUCAGGAAGACCCAAACAAAGCCGCCCGUAUGGAGGCAAUCAAGAAGCGACAAGCAGAGAAUGCUAGGAAGCAUGGGAGGCAAGGCAGCCAGCAGAUAGUUAACGAGGGACCAACUCUACAGCACGAGGAGCCAUAUUCUCAGUCUUCUCAGCGAAGUGACUUGGGUUCUUCCCGCCCUCCUUCUCGCUUGGGUAGCUCAAUUCAGCCAUUCGGUGGUCGCAGCAUCAACCCACCCGCGCCUAACCCUGCCAAACCCCCAAAGAGAGGCAACGAUGAAACGAGCCACCGACCUGCGCCGUCUAAACCCAGUAACGUGCAAUCAACUGGCGAGUUCAAACGGCGAAAGACAGAGGAUGAGCACAACCCCAUGCCACCUGUACGCACAAUGGCGCAGCCUAUCCGUCAAUCGAAUAUCAGAAAGGAAUCUAUGAAGCCCUCUACCCUUGGCCGUGGACAGUCUUCCGUGGCACCCCAGUCGGCGUCUUCCAGCUACAGAAAUGCUCAACCUCAGCGACCCGCUCACCCAAUAGUCACGUACACGAACGGCAAGAUACCGUUUGCCGAACCAAAUCAUGCGCCUCCACCAAGCACACACAAGGCUGCGCCCAACUCCGCCCAGCGCCCACCAGCCAAGCCAUCUCCCAAGUACCCCAAUGGUGAAAAUAUUCACUUGCCGGAGAUCAACACUGAUAGCGAAGAUGAUGAUGAUUCCGACUCCGAGAUGUUCCCUGUUCCGAAGUGGGCACAGGCGAAGGAGCUGGAGGGUCUUCUCCGGCAGCAGGAUGGUAUGGAAGUUGACUCGAUCUUUGGGCCAAUUGCACCAUUCUCUCUUGAAGACACUUUCAAGGCGGACAAGAAAGUCAAGAAAUACCGCGACCGCACCAGCAGUGCAAACUGGUCCGGACCCGAUGGACUUACUCAAGAGGAGAUUCGGAGGGAUGUUGCCGAACGACAGCGGUUGCGGCUCAAUGGUGGUUGGAGCUUCAACAGCUAG